UCGUCUGCUGUGCUUGCUAGUUCGUGUGAUAGCUCGUCCAGUCUAGAUUUUUCCUUUUUUCAUUGUUUUUUGUAGGUUUUUUAUGUCCUUAGCAGUGUUUUUUUUUCAGUUUUACAUGCUGCAUCUGGUUUCAUGGUUUUGCAGCUCUUUUUCCUUUUGUGUAUUUUCCGUUUUCCCUGUCCCAGUCACCUAGCUGGUGAUGGGGGACAACGACAGUGGCGCCUCCCCGGCCAAUGCACCUACUAGAGUUUGUAUCCAUUGUUCAAAACACCUUCCCUAAAUCUAAAGUUCACCGUUCAUGUUCUAAUAAGGCUCACUCCAAUUCUGGGGGCUAUGCAUAGUUUAAUCAACUUUAGUGUUACGAUUUUUUUUUUCGAGUUAGAGUUGUGUAACUGCCACGAAUCCCAGGGCAUUGGCAUUUCCACUAUGCAAAACUGCAAGACGUAGAAAAAGUCUGCAAACGUAGAAUAUCCAGAUCACGUCAAGUCAACAGGCUCUUCUCGGCUCUCUUAAGUACCUCACACUAAGACUGGCCCACUGUUGGACGACAAAAAGACGAUGACAGAAAGAUCCAACGUUUACAGCCCUGAAUUGUUCGCAUGUCAAGAACGAAAGAAAACAAAGACGACGAACUGAUGGCCUAAAACGUAAGCAAUGCAUAUAUUACUGAGCUCGCUUUCAGUUGCCGAUUGUCUUACAUUGUUGGCCAGUAAUCCCAGUAGACUGGUGGAAUAAAAUUUGGGUUUCAUAACACACCUCACACCUCCUGCAGCGGUAUACCGCCAGCAGCAGUCCACCACAUCAAUUUUCACGUCUAGAUGCUACUAGAAACAUGUUAGAUAAUUUGUUGUAGUGAACAGGGCGUCGGCAGAAAUGUUAACGAUAUAGAUGUGGUGAUUGACAAAUCACAUUUGGGCACGGUGAGCUACAUAAGGCUCGUUUUACUCUGGGAAUUUUUAGUCUGUUGCACAGCUAGUGUUGCACUGGAGGCUGCUGUUCUAGUUGGCGCCACACAAGACAUACGACGCUAUGCAGCUUCAUGUUUUUUCUACCAAUUUACUGUCAACAUAUUGAUCCUUUGAGGUAGUUGUACAUUCAUCCCAUUUCCAGUCACUUCUAUAUUCUAUUUCUUUUUUGGUAUUCGUGAACUCAAAGCAAUACGGGACAACGAAAACACACUCACAUAGAAAAAGGGAAAAGUACAAUAGGCCAUAUUAUGCAUGCAGAUAAAGAGCCAAUACGUUGGCUUGGGGUAUAAAAUGUGCCUCGUUUGCUAACACAAACGCACUUGAUUUUUUUAAGACUACUGGGAAUGGACACAACAGUGAAUUUCAAUGCGGCCAAGAGAAUUUUCUCAGUUGUCACGAUGAAUAAACGGAGCGCAAACGGCCACAGUUGACAUUAAGCUCACGCAGUGGAUAGCUCAUAUUGGAUUCAGCCCUGUUCGUUCUAUUGAGCGUGAACAAACAUUUCGUUACAAUCGAGCCUUGGGGGAACAUCGUCAGUACAGUGUAAACUCACUAACUCAGGUUAGCGACAUGCAUAAUGGAGGCUCCUUGCAAAGAUCACAGUGGAUUGAACACAUUUCACAAUGGGAACUUAAGUUUGAAUAAAUUAUUUUUCUUACGUGGCCAGAAUAAUAAAAUGACCGUAUAUCUAACCAUAACGUAAGGGUUACCGUCAACACACACAAAAAUUGUGAAUAACAAUAAAGCAUUUAUGGCAGAUAAAAUUUUAAACACGUCACCCGACGUCAAUUUUUGUGUACAUUUCAGAAUCAAUUUGCUUUAUUAUUCUCCCAAUCCACACCGGCCAUUAUAUAUCAAACUAUUUAAAAAAAAGUAACGAAAUGAGACUACGAAAUAAAAUUUUUCUGUUUUAUAUGUAGGCUAUGUCGUACGGUUUGAUCCAUCAUAUUGGAACAGCUGUGAAAGAAGAAAACGAAAAAUUAUAUGCUAUUGACUGAUGGGAAAAAGUCCAACCUUAUUUCAUUUUUUUAUUUGUUAAGAAGUGCUAUAUUAUUUAAUUUUUCUCCAAUUAGGCAUACUGGACAAUGCGGAAGCCGGAAUGGGGUGAAUGGACAUGGACAGAUGGACGUUUGAGCAGGUUUGAGAUUGGACUUGGACAAUGCCACAAUGGGAAUCGAGCAACAAGCAAAUACCAAAAUGGCAUCGUUGUCUAGUCCCUAUUGAUAAGUUUGUUUUGACGUGGAUAAUUUUCCGUAGUGACGUUUUUAGUCUAUUAAACACCUUUGUUUCUAAUAAGGCUAUUAGCGCUAAAUAAUUAAGCAACGUUUUCGUACAUGGAGGAAACACAGACGGUUGAUAUUAAUGAUAUUAACCGUGAGCUCUAUGACCUUAAAAAUAAAUAUGAACGAUUAAAAGAGGGCCAUAGAAAACUAUUGAUUGUCAACCAAAAUUUGGAAGAAAAGUUACUUCAAAACAUCAACAAAUAUGAAACAGAAAAAAUAUCACUGGUCCAUACUAUUUCAGCUCUCAACCUGGAGCGUGAAGAAUUGCAGAGAAUCAACAAAAAAUUAGUAACUGAAAAUGAAAGGUUUAAGCUGGACAUUUCUGUUGCUAUUCAACUACUCCACUGCAAGCCAUCAAGCUUCUCAGAUUGCAAACUAGAAAGUCUCCCACAGGAGUUUCAAGAUAAAGCAAAAUUCCACAUGCAACAAGAGUCUCUUCCAAGAUAUCGGCCUGAAAAGAAAGGAAAAGUUAUUCGAGUCCCUAUAUCAGCUUUUCCUUCAACAACUGUGAUAUACUCUAUACCUGAUGAUGACGACGAUGAUGUCGAUUUAAGCGCAGAUAUGACAGUGCCUGCUGAAACAAUGGCAAAAGUGCUGAAUGAAAGACAACGCGAGCUUCACGAUCAAACUCCGAACGGAUCCGGCUUCCCAUCAUAUUGUUCUAACGGCAUGCAUACCUCUCAUUCGAUGCCCUUCUUAGACGGGUUGCAAUAUGUAGACCACGGGACGCAAACUUAUCCGAAUUUCAUCGGUGAACGAGAGAAAACCGUUAAUACUUGUAUAUUUUGCCAAGGAACACUGACAACAAACCGAUCAUGUGGCACAAUUAAAAGUCAGGCUAGUUUACCGUUGGAAGAUCCUAAAGUGUUCUUGCAUACGGAGUCGGAGAUCAGCCCGCUCACCACACAACGUAGUAGCGUCAACAUAUCUAGGAAAAAUGCUGCGAAUACCCACAGGCGCAAAAUUCAGGCUAAUAACAAUAGCGUGAGCCCAAGCUACAGCAGGUCUUCGAUGGAGACGGACAUUUAGUCAACGAGAGUUAUGCACAAGUUUAGUGGAAUACUUCCAGGUAAAAGUCGCUUUUCGUAUUUAUGAACAUCGCUUAAUUAGUUGUUUCAUGUUACGUCAUCCAUCCUCAAUGAUGAUUAAACAUUUAUAUAAUAAUAAGUUUAAUUUACGAGACUGAUACUUACCUUAAAUGGUGGAAUUAAAAUACUUGUAUUUAUUGAUGUUUUGACUUAACCCGAAAUUUGUUAUCGGGAAAGGGUAAACAUUUCUUCCUUUAAAUAUUUAAUUUUCAUGGUGAAUGGUAAAUUGUGAAAGUGUGAGAUAUUUCGAAUAAAUCAAACUUCGCUCGA